AUGUUCCCUCCACGAGUGAAGUCAGGCAUCAUCUCCACGCUUACCGGAAGGGCUAAGAGCAUCUGUUCUACGACUCUCCAUGACGAAAUCAACCACCUGAAAGAAGUAUUUGUCAGCCUUAACCACUACCCACCCCAGUUAGUGAACAGAACAAUUGCAGCUACAUUAUCACCAUCUACUACUAAAAUUCCUCGACCUGAAUCUGACCCUAUAAAGAUCUCCAUUCCAUCCAUCGGCAAACCUUCCCACCAGAUCAGCAGGCCCCUUAAGCAACAUGCAGGCAUAGAUACCACCUUUUCAACUUCCGCCACCAUCAACAACCUCCUGCAGGCCAAUGGUAGAAAAUACCCACAAACCAAGAAACCCCAAAGCCCCAAAGGCAAAAUUGACUGCAAUUGUGGACACUCAUACAUAGGAGAAACAUCCAGGCCCGUCAACACCAGAAUCAAGGAACAUCAGAUUUCAACCAUCAAAUCGGACCAGAAAUCAGCCAUUUCAGACCACAUAGCAACUCAUCCCAAUCACCAAAUCAACUGGACUGACUUCACCAUCCUCGUUAGAAACCAAUCAGACUUUACCAAACUCAAGAUAACUGAAGGAAUUAACAUCAAACGAUACCGACCACUGAUUAAUAGAGAUCAAGGCUACUUUAUCCCCACUGCAUACGAUGAGCUCAUCAAUCAACCAUAG